AGGUUUCUAAUGUCAGCAUUAUAGCAACGUGUUUUUAGUUGAGUACGCAAUAAAACCUGUCAUGAUCUCAGGGUCAUGUAGUUGCAAGUAGAGAAUCUUUUAAAAACAAUCUAAAUUGAGUCAAAUUAAGACAGGCAAAAGCUCAAACGAUUGUGCAAAAACUAGAACAAAAUGUAGUCUUGGGCAAGGAACAGGAAGUAGGCGAGUUAGAGAUGUAAUGUCCGGGAUGGAUUGGGUGUGGUGGCUCCUCGAUUAAAGGUAGAGCUGCGUGUUGUGAUACAACCAGUCCUGAGUAAUACAUGAUGUGUAUUGUGAUCAGAAAACACCAGCAACGCAGUAGUGUUGAAUUUAAAAAAAAAAGAACCUGGUUUAAUGUUUUAUUUUCUACCAGAGCUUUUUUAUCUUUAUUUUUCUAUUUUCAUUUUAUUUAUUUAUUUUUUCUGUGUGUUUGUGUAGUUUGAUGUUUGUUUGAGUGUUUUGUCCGCCGGUGGUGGUGUAGCUCCGGACCCAGUUUUGGGCGUCGGUUCCCUCCAGGCCUUGGUUCGCUGUGGGUGAUGCCUGUGCUCCCAGCUGUGGACUGCAGUGAGCUCGUUGCUCAUUUUACAUUGUGGUUGUCCAGCGCUCUGUGCUUUAAUGCUUGGCAUGAUGUUCUGAGCGAUGUUGCUCGGUGGUGUCGCGGCGGCUGUGCAGGCGGUUUGGACAUACCAGCGCUUUGCAUGGCGGAGCUUCUCUGCUCGCUUUGUGGAUCCAUGGCGUGGUGUUCGAGCGAUGUUGCGGCGGUGCUGGAGAUGUGGGACUUGUUUUCGUGCGCCUUUUGGUGGGACUGUGGCUGCUACACCACUGGAAUUACAUCCUGACCCCUACUUGGUUGGAUCUCCAAAAAGCCAUACCCUUGAAUUUACUGAUGAUGCUUUGGGCAAUACAUCAAGCACCUUUCAUAGCAGCCUAGAACCUUCCAUUUUGUCCAUCUUUGGAGAUUCUUCUGCUGAAGAGGCAAAGAUCCAGAUAGAUGAAGAAAGCGAAGCAUCGCUGCUAUCUGCUUUCUCUGAGAUGCUGGACACUGUGAUCGAAGACACCCUGUCACCCUUUGACACACUUCCUGACUCAAAACUUUUUAGUCAAAGGUGUCAAGAAUCCAGAGUGAGGUUGCAUUGUGUGGACAGAGAAACAGCUUCUCAGGUCACUAGACCCUUCACACCCUCAAAAUCCAAAGCAGAGGGCCUGCAUUCAGAUAGGCAAUUGAGACCGAGGCUCCAUCGCAGGACCCGGAUGGGCACCAUACAGAGAAGUGAUGGUGAGGAGGAGGACUUCAGUGAGACCAGGAAACGCCCUGUGAGGAUCUUCCGCAUCGAGUCUGACCCAGAAAUGUGUCAGGACGAGCAUCAGGAUGGAUUUGUAACUAUAUCACUGGUGGAUUUGGUCAGGCACAUGCAUCCAUAUAGCCUCAGGGUAGCUGUGGAUAAGAGAGAACGUCUCAGGGAUGUGGAGGAGCCCCAGGAGGAGGAUGUGUUUGUGGAUGUUGUGGGUGAUGACGACACAGAGGAGACACCUUUGGGCAUGCCUGUGGCUAGCACUCCCUCUGAUCUGGGGGCAGAGCAGAUGGUUCCCAAUCCACAAAGUUUUGCAGUAUCCAGUGCUAUUCAUAACUCCAAGGUGCAUCAGGAGGACAUGCUGAAGACAUGCUUGCCCAAAUGUGAGGAACAAAAGGAGGAGGAGAACGCUGCUGCUGCUCCUCCGAGAGUCCUUGCUAAAGCAGGUCAUCCUGGGAGAAUAAAGAAGAAAGUGAGAUUUGCACCUGACUUGACAUCUAUUCACGUGUACCAGGUUGAAGAUGAUCUCCCAGAUGCCUCGUCCUCAGCAGACCUCAAAAUAGCAGAUUGUGAUUCCGAAACCUCAGCUUUAAGUGGGAACUCGACUGAGGUAGCAAAGAAGACGCCUUCUCAAAAUGGCAGUACAAAACUCAAAACACUCAGCCUUCAGGAGUACCGUCUCCUCCGACAGAAGACGCUCCCAAAGGAAGAGAGAAAAACAGACUACAGAACCAAGUGGCCUUCAGUAUCCGAGACCCCUAAAGAGCUCCCUCCCAUUCCUUGUGUACCAGAUUACAAUUCAUCUCAGGUUAAUGUUCAAACUCCAUCUUCUAACACCAAGACCUCAACUCCAGGAGCAGUGGCCAAGUCUAGAAGAAACCUUCACCUGCCCCUGAAAUCGCUCACCAAACGAAAUGCAUUAGUCAGAAAGCCUGUGCUAGCUGUUGACCCACCAAACCCUGUAAUAGUGUCCCUCCAGCCAGAUGCAAAGAUCUUAGCACCACUAUCUGAGGAACAAAAGGUUACACAACAGGAAAUUGGAAAGUCCCAGGCUAACCAGACACACCUGAACCCUCCUGCAGCAAUGCCGAACCCAGAUAUUCAGAAACUACCCAAUUCUGUCGUUCAGGAACAGCCCAUAAGGGUUUCACCUAUGGAUUCCCUAGGUGCUAAAGUUGAGCACGCAAAGUGUUCCCUGACAAUUUCUGGCAUUGUUAAAUCCAACAUUUCUGCGCCAUCCUCACCUGUUAUACCACUGCAAGCGUCUCGGGGAUGUCUACCUCAAGUGCAGAUACCAGUGACCAACCACUCUGCAGAGGAGAAAAGUCAAGAAUCUACUGGAGAAAUAGGAAUAGAGGCUACUGAUGUAACCAGUCUUCUGGAGCAAUUUGAAACGCAGGGACUCACGCCUCCUGCCACUCCUCCGCAUCAGAUCUGGAAGCCCUUAACACCUACUCUGAAAGCAAAGCAACACGAAGCCAUCAAACCAUCUCCCAGCAAAACCAUCCAAAUCAUUGAACCUAAGCCACUGCCCCCCAAUAAAAUUCAGUCAAAGCCCCAAUCCUCAUCCUCCAUCCCUGCCCCGAGCCUGUUUCUAGCGUUUAUAGACCAUGACUACUGUGGCACUCAGGAAUUCAAACUGGGCAGAAAGAGAGCACUUUCUAAUGUUUAUAUGCACAACAGAUCUAAAGAAUCAAGGAAUCAUAUGAGCCAUAUGCCCAUGGAUAACAGGACUUGCUGUGAGCCAGAGCGUCUCUCUGGCUCUGUUCUGCUGUCUCCAGAGAGCUCCCCCUGCCGGUUGGAGGCCAGAAGAACGGGUGAAUAUGCAGAAGCAGCAAGGUGUUCACGCUGUUCAUGUUCCCCGAGUCCUCCAGCCAGGGGAAGGGCGAGGAGGAGGAGGCAUUACCGUGGGAGGUACCAUCAUUCUGACUCCAGUUCAGUGUCAUCCUCCCGUUCUUCUUCCUGCUCUUCAUCAGCUUCUUCAUGUUCACCCCCCAGAAAGAGAUACAGAUCACGGCACUCGGAGAGCAGCUCAAGCUCCUCGUCUCGCUCCAGUUCACGGUCGCUGUCCCCCUCUCCGAUCCGAGGACGUCGAUGCCGUUACCGUCGCUCACGAUCCAGAUCCUUCAGUCGCUCACGGUCCCGCUCCUUCUCUCCACAGCCAGACUGGAGACAGAAGUGGAGGAGCUGGAAGAGGCAGAGGGAACACUAUCAUCUAAGCCGAGGGGAAGAUGCUUGCAGGGUGGCCAAGCAGAAAGCCAUUGAAGAACGCAGGGUGGUGUACGUGGGACGAAUACGUGGCACUAUGACCAAGGAUGAGCUCAGGGAGCGCUUUGCACUGUUUGGGAAGAUUGAGGAUUGCACCGUGCACUUUAGGAGUCAUGGAGACAACUAUGGGUUUGUUACGUAUUACAACACAGACGAUGCUUUCGCUGCCAUAGAGAAAGGGAAAAAGUUGAGGCAGCCAGACGAGCUCCCGUUCGAUAUUUGCUUUGGUGGGAGACGACAGUUCUGCCAGUCAAACUACAUGGAUUUAGAUUCCAACCGUGACGCGGACACAGGCCCAAGAAGGAGUAAAGAUAACACACUUGACUUUGACAGUCUGCUGAAGCAAGCCCAGCGAGGGCUGAAGACGUAGCACAGAGUCCUCCAGGACGAUAAAGGGAUAGACCGAAAAGGGGGGUGGAUCAUGUUGGACACAAACGAAGCAAUUACCUCAGAACUCCCAAAGAGCUUGCACUUACACUGACAUGAAAUGUAACUUAAUAUGUAGCGUUCUUAUUUUAAAUUGAAGUUUUAAAAAACCUUCUGUUGAAGUGUGUAUAACAGAAAAACUUCUGAAGUUUAUAAAAACAGAAAAGCAUUAAAGGAUAUCUUAAAAAAAGAAUCAUAAUUUAAGUGUAGACUUCAAUAAUAGCCCUAUCAUUAGAAAGUCAUUUUUUCUAAAU